AUGCCCUUCAUAGCUUGUACUUGGUCGGACGGGGAUGCGAGGACCUUGCCUACUAAUUCUUUUAGAACUCGUUAUACGCCCUCAAUCCGACCUCUUGCUCACGAUCAUCCAAGGCAUUUGGCAUUUCGACAAACAUGCGGACAGUUGCUAGCCCGACAUAUCUUCGGAGGUUCCGGCUCAACUCAGCAAGUGUUUCACGAUCUUCACCAACAAUUCAUUCAUGCUCCUAAAGUACCCUCCAACUCUUUACCCAACACUUCCUUUACUGUUAUAAACCCUAUUUCCACUCCAUCUCAACUAAAUGCGAAAUCCCUUGUUUCUUCUCAUCGGUCAAGGCCGCCUUCCAGAACAGUAUCAACUGAUGAGCCUAAGCAAAAUGCUCCUCCUAGAUACACUUCCCGCUUAAUGACGACCGAGAGUUUUGAUAAUUAUGUAUUAGAGGCCUUACCAAAACAUUAUCAGAUUUACCAACGCGAUGGUUUUGGGUCAAAACGUGGCGAGUAUUGGGUGUAUGGGCAUCCUGGUGGCCGCCCUUUUCGAUCCAUAAACGACUUUCAGCAUCAUCUUUACUGGUUAGUUUCUGAUUUAUCAAGGAACGGAGCGAAUUGUUGCUGCUCACUAUGCGCCAAUGGUUCAAUUAAAAUUCGAAGGAAUAUCCAAAAGGACAUGGAAAGGAUAUUCCAUGAGUGCAAAGAUGAUACCUUUACUUGGCCGUCUUCAUUUCGACUUGGUGAAGUGGUAUGGAUCGAUACAAAUUACGAAGUUAUUCCUGGAAUUGUUGUUGCUAGGAAUUUGAUUAAUUAUGAUAUCAAUAAAAGUAACUCUUCGAAUUCGCUUUUAGACGCCUACGUCGAACCUUACCAAUACCAUUGUAAGGAAUUAGGAAACUCGAGAUUUUUCUUCGACAUGGCCGCUGCCGAUAUUGAACCAUGGACGCAACGAUCUUCAGACAUGAGUCGCCCAGGCCACAUACUUGCUAGUGACAUCGCUCAUAGUUGGUGUCUUUAUGGAAAGUUUCAACCUAUUGACAAUAAAAAUGUUGAGCAUAGUGUAUAUAAAGAUGAGCAUCACUCUAUUCCCAUGACCAUCCUUCCCAUAAUCGAAGAUGGGCCAGAAAACUUAAGUGAUCAUUUUUUGGGUGUUUUUUAUGGAGCUGAGAAACUAUGGAUUAAUGAUCUUUGUAUCUUGCAUACCGAGUCUCUUCCUUCUCAAUUUUCCAAAGCCUGUUUAAUGAAUAUCUCCGACAUCUUUGUAAAUCUCGACGAUGCCGUCUGUAUUCAAGGAUCACUGUGGGCACAAAAAGAUGCUACAGCUCAAACGUUUCAUCGAUUUCGAAAUCGUACAAAGUUGCCGCGUCGCUUAGAGAUUGCGGAGCGCAUUUCGCAAACUGAAUACACCCUUAUGCAUAGCGAUUCUUCAGAAUUUGUAUGCCAGCUUGCAGAUAUAGCGGGCAGAUGGUACGAACCUUGGUCAAUAAAAGGAAAUUAUCAAUUUUCAAAGGAAAAAAAAAGGCGAGUGCUAUCGAGACUGGAAGCAGUGGGGAAUGAAAAUUGGGUUGAUGAUGACUUUUAUGAGCUUUUACUUUCUGAGAUUGAUCUAGUUUCACCGGUUGUCAUGUGA